AUGGUGGCCGAUUCGAAGAAGGCUUGUGAUAUCAGCAACUUGAUGUCUCCCCCAGAGCCCACCCCAUUCGAUAACUUCAGCCCGGUCCCAAUGGCGAACAAGGGGGUGCCAUCGAUUGUCGAGAAGCGCCAGGUCCCGAACCCUCCUCUGUCGCCGCCCAUCUCGCCAUUUGCCAAGCCGACGAGCACAAUCAGCCCGGUGCCUUACAACAUCGCGGUCACGGACCCUAUUCUGUAUCCUGUCUCUGAGGCAGCCACGAGCCCUUCCACGAGCCCUCUGUUCAACCCAGCUCCCGAGUCGCUCGAGACGUCCCGAGCCGCGAAAUUGGUGGACGAGCACAUCGCAUGGCGGCCUGUCGAGCUCUUCCGCGAGUCGUCGCCCCCCAAUCGUGAAGACUACGAACUCGCUCUGUACUUCAAGUCCAAUUGCCUGAAGAUGUUCAAAGAGAAUCCGCAGGGCUGGCUCCGUAAAGAGCGCGAGCUACUGCGAGCUGAUCGCAAAAGUGCUGCUGCCUCGCGGCCUCUUGUUAAGCUGCACACGAUCCUUCCCGCCUCCAAGCCUACUAGCCAGCGACCCCAGGUGACGAAGCCCACCGCCAAUCGUGUCCAGAAGCCCAAGACUCCCAAGGUCAAGACGCAGACCCCGAGGCCGAUUCGAGCCACUCCAGCGCCAGCUCGCCAGACUAUUAGGGUUAGCUCUACGCCUGAGCCACGCGUCCGGACAGUUGCGCCAAAUCGGGAGGACAAGGACUUCAGCUCUCUUCCUGACAUUUGUCCGCCACUUCACACUCUUCCUAACAAGGCUAAUAGCCUCAAGGUUGAUUGGAAGGGCAACGCCCUUGACCUGAGCAAGGAUCCUCACGCCCAUCUGCUGCAUCCCGAUGAGCUGCUGCUGGCCGCCGGGCUUCGCCUGGACUGUGCGACCUACCUCACGAGCAAAAGACGCAUCUUCCUACGCCGCCGGGACUGUGCGAAGAUCAAUAAGGAGUUUCGGAAGACAGAUGCCCAGCAGGCAUGCAAGAUCGACGUCAACAAAGCGUCAAAGUUGUGGUCGGCAUACGAGCGGGUUGGCUGGCUCAAACUUGAGUAUGUGCAGCCGUACCUGCACGAGUGA